AUGGUGAGGGGGAAAACUCAGCUGAAAAGGAUAGACAAUACGACAAGUAGGCAAGUGACCUUCUCAAAGCGCAGGAGUGGGCUUCUGAAGAAGGCCUUUGAGCUAUCAGUUCUAUGUGAUGCUGAAGUUGCACUCAUCAUCUUCUCUGCAACAGGGAAGCUCUAUGAGUUCUCAAGUUCCAGUACUAACAAGACGAUAGAACGCUAUCAAAGGAAUGCCAAGAACCAUCGAAUUGGCCACAAAGCAGUUGAAGGAAAUAUGCAG